AUGGGGCAGCAACUCCCAACCGACACGAAGCGUCAGCAACAAAAGUGGCAGCCUCCUGUGGCUUCUGACAUUGGAAAAAAGAAGAAGCGACAUGGUCCGGACACGGCAGCUAAGCUGCCAAAGAUAUAUCCCGUGAAGGCUUGCCUUCUCAAACAGUUACGGCUGGAGAGAUGUAAAGACUACCUGCUACUUGAGGAAGAACUUUUAAAAACGAUUGGGGCUCAGCGGGAGGCGCAGGAAAACCUGGAAGAGGGUGCGAUGUCACAUUAUGAGGCUGAACUCAGUAGGGUGGAUGCGUUGCGCGGGAUGCCGCUGGAGGUGGGGACACUUGAGGAAGUCAUUGACGAUACACAUGCUAUUGUUUCUACCGCCGGGUCCGAGUAUUAUGUUCCCAUGCUUUCUUUUGUAGACAAGGAGAAGCUGGAGCUUGGUUGCAGUGUUCUGCUGCACGACCGCCAGCACAGUGUUGUGGGUGUAUUACAGAAUAGCAUAGACCCACAUGUGAGUAUCAUGAAGGUAGAAAAAGCACCGCAGGAGACGUACGCUGAUAUUGGUGGUCUUGAGGAGCAAAUUCAGGAAAUUAAGGAAGCGGUGGAGUUUCCAUUGUCCCAUCCAGAGCUUUAUGACGAGGUGGGCAUUAAACCACCGAAGGGUGUCAUCCUGUACGGUGUGCCGGGUACUGGCAAGACACUUCUAGCCAAGGCGGUUGCAAAUCAAACAAGUGCGACGUUCCUACGUGUAGUGGGAUCUGAACUCAUUCAAAAGUACUCUGGUGACGGUCCAAAGUUGGUGCGGGAGUUGUUCCGUGUUGCGGAAGAAAACAGUCCUUCUAUUGUUUUUAUUGAUGAGAUCGACGCCAUUGGAACCAAACGGUACGACACGGACAGCAGCGGUGCGAAGGAGGUACAACGCACAAUGUUGGAAUUGUUGACUCAGCUCGAUGGGUUUGACAGCUCGAAUGAUGUAAAGGUCAUCAUGGCGACAAAUCGCAUUGAGACGCUGGACCCGGCUCUUAUUCGGCCUGGUCGCAUUGACAGGAAAAUUGAAUUUCCGUUUCCCGAUGAAAAGACGAAAAAAAUGAUAUUUGAGAUUCACACCAGUCGUAUGUCGCUAGCCGAGGAUGUGGAUAUCUCAGAGUUUAUUCACGCCAAGGAGGAGAUGAGUGGUGCGGAUAUUAAAGCCAUCUGCACGGAGGCGGGCCUGUUGGCACUGCGGGAUCGACGUAUGAAAGUGUGCCAGGCGGAUUUUGUCAAGGGUAAAGAAAAUGUGCAGUACAGAAAAGACAAGAGCAGCUUUUCCAAGUUUUACCUCUAA